GAUAUGGAUGGAGAAUAACGAAUUGGAUCAGAUUGACUUGGUCGUGUAAAUUCGUUCAGAUCUGUUGGACAAAUCCGUAAUAGUCGAGAGGUGAUUAAAAGAUGUGUCGCUUUGCAAUAUGUGUGUGAUGCGAAUCAUCGGUAUAUGCAACGGGCGACAUUUUCGUGAACAUUUGGCGUGAGGGCUGUUCACGCAAACGCUCGAUCGCGGUCCGUGUGGUCUGGAGUAGUGUUAACCGUGAAUCGUCUGCAAUAUUCUUCCCAGUACUUUUCUCAAUAAAAUGGACCACCGCCAAAAGAUGAUUGUAAUUCCUCAACAAUCAAAAAUCAAAGUCGAGGAUGAUGAUGACGAAGAUGUGGAAGCACUGAGAUUAGCAGCGCUUAAGUCAUUACGAACAAAAAAUGUCAUGCAUAAAAGGCUAUCACAGGUGCAGAAAGUGUUACCACAAAUAACACAAUCAUCCCGUUUUCCAUAUAAAAAUCAACGGUCUAUGAAAAAAAAUUAUUACCAUAACAGGGUGCAACAAAGGCAAAAUGGCAAUGUGUAUUAUCAGAGCCAUCGUAAUCCGAACUUGAUAGCGAUAGUUCCUGUAGAUGAACCUUCUCCAUUUCAACAAGCCCAAUUAGCUUGUCCCCUAGAAAAGACUGAGUCUUGCGUAGAAUCGUGUCCUCAAGAAGUAUCAAAAUUCCAUCGUUUUAAAGAUAGUGGGAGUGCUUCUGAAGAAGAAGAUAUAAAGGAGCAGAAAAAUGUUGCGUCUAUAAAGACAGAAAUUGUAUCAAAAGAGGAAUCUGUUGAAUUUUCAGUAGAAGUGGAAAGUCAGGAAAUUACAGAGAAUCUGCAGAAGAAUGGUGAUGAACAAGAAGAAGAUGGUAAUGACGAUGAUGAUGAUGUACUCUUAAUGGCUGAUCUUGAAGAAGAAGACAGUUUAGAACGCUUAAUGGACGAGAUGGAAAGGGAAAUGAAUGAUGAAAAUAAGAUAUCUGAAAAAGGAGAGAAAAAAUUGCAUAAAGAUUGCGAAACUAAAAACACAGUGAAAAAUGAUGAAGGAAGUAAAAAUUUAGAUCAGAAGACAAAAUCAGACGAUAGCUAUGGUAAGAAGGAAAGAAAUAAUGUUAUUACUCCAUCUUUAACCACAAUUAUGAAAAAUGAUAGAAGAUCAGUUUCUCCACACGUAAUGAAUCGAGUUAUUCAAAAACGCAGGUCGUUAUCUCCAAGAUCACGAUCACGAAAGAAAUCGCCAAGAAGAUCUCCUAGAAGAUCUCCAAUCAGACAACUGAAAAAGUCUCCGAGAGAAGUAUUGACAAGGUAUAGAUCCCCUCCAUUAUCACGAUAUUCCCCUAGAUCUAGAUCACCCAGACUCUCACCACGCAGAUCUCCAAACAGAGCAACUAUAAAAAAAUCUCCUCUUAGAAAAUUAUCACCAAGAGGCAGAUCACCUAAACUUUCGUCGCGCUCCAGAUCGCCUCGGCCACACAGAUCAAGAUCACCGAGACGAUCAAAGUCUCCAAGGCCGCGUUCCCCUAAAGUAUCACGUUCUAGAACGCCACGAUUAUCAAGAUCAAGUUCGCCAAGAUAUUCACCGAUUAGAUCUCCUAGAUCCAAAUCACCUAGAUUAUCGCCGAGAAGACUGUCACCACGUCGAUUACGGUCCAGGUCUAGAUCUCCUGGUUUAUCUUCUCCUCGAAGAGGAUCGUCUCGCUUGCGAUCGCCAAAAGCAUCGCCGCAUAGAACACCAUCUCGUUUGAGAUCACCGCGACUUUCGCCACGCAAAUCACCGUGGUCAUCUCCAAGACAUUCACCUCGUCUUUCACCACGACGCAAGCGAUCCCCGAAGUGGUCACCUAAAGAAUUACCUAGAAAGCACGGUCCACGUUCCAUCACUCCAGAUAAUCGAGACGGAUAUGUGAGAGAAUCGUCUCCAAUUUUUAAAAGUACAGAAAUGUCCAGAACGAAAGCAAAGCAGAAAGAUGAAGUAUAUGAAAGACCAACAAUGAUGAUGGAAAUAGCAAAGGAUCCUGUUGAUAUAAUUAGUGAUCCUGUACUAGAAGCAAGGAAAAAGAAAUUUGAGUCUAUGCGGCCUAUCGAUCCUGUAAAUGCUAAUAAAAGGAUUAAAUUAUCCAAAAAACACACUACGAAUACGAAAGUAGGACAUUCAGAAGGAACUGAAAUUCAAUUGAGUAAUGCUAGAAAAGCAAACAAAACUGUGGAGGAAUAUGAUGUUCAAGAGAUGGAUUUAUGUUUGGAAGUAGAUUAUGAGUUUGAAGAAUGUGAAGAAGCAAUGGAAAAUACAUCGCCAAGCGCUUUUACAAGUACUAUAAAUAUAGAGGCGGAACCACAAAAAACAGAAAAAGAAAAAUCUAAGAAAAAAAAGAAGCGCGAUAAGGAAUUAUAUCAAGUGGGAAAAUUGAAGAACGAAUUACCACUUUCCGAACGUAUUGGAAAAGACAAGAAGUGUAAGAAACGUAAAGAUAUAGUUGCUGAAGAUGUGGACACUAUAUUUGAAGAUAUAACCAUAGAUGAGGAAGGAGAUUUACGAGCAGAACUUAGCAGAAGACGUGCAGAAAGAUUGAAUAGAACAGUACCGAUUCAGUCCGCUAGAUUGGUGCAGUCAGCUUUUAAAGGCGUUGUUAAUGAAGCUGUGAAAAAUAAUGCAAAAGCCAAUCAGAGGCAUGUCAUUAAUACUGAUGAGAAAUCUAAUCAAAAGGAAGUUAGACGAGUUACUGUACUACAUAGAUCGUUAGCUGAAUUACAUGAUUCCGAAGAUGAAAGUACUCUUGAUUCGAAGGUACCUGUACGUCUCAGAUUGGGACUCAAUAAGCAAGUGCAAGAGUCCAGGGAAUCAAAGGUUACUCGUAAAGCAACCAAAAGACAGGGUCGUAAGGUAAAGCACAAAAAUCAUUUGUCUCUAAAAGAUCCUGAAUAUAUUUUGUAGUGUAAAUUAUGGCUUUAUAUCUCUACUCUAGAUUUAUAAGUAGUGUGAUAUUUAUAUUUUGUGAUACUAUCAAGUUAAGUAUAUGAACAGAAACAUCUUAAAAUAUUGUUUAUAUUUUCA